AUGGAGCUUGAGCGGCAGGUCCAGGAGCGGCUGCAGCAGCUGGAGCUCCUGCAGAGCCAGAACCAGGCGCUGCGACAGAGGGACUCGCUGCUCAAGAACGCAGUCAUCUCACGCAACGACCAGAUUCGCAGCCUCCAGGCGCACAGCAGCGGCUCGCUGCCACCUGCGGCGCAAACAGCUGAGCACGAGCCCACCCCUCCAAGCCGGCUGCAAACGACAUCAGGCAGCGUUUGCAAUGACGUCAACUGCAGCGGGCUCAAGUUCGAAGAUGACGCCAUGGACGUGAGUAAUCAGGCGGCUUGUGGUCACGGCAGAAAGACAGACAAUGGGCUCACGCGGCAAGUCAGUAAGGGCAGCAGCAGCAGCGGGUUUGUGCACCCUGAGCGCACUGGGAGCACCGGAGUGCCCCAGCAGGCCACGACUGCGCCGUGGUGGCUGCGAGACGUACCUGUCACCGCUGACGAGAUCAGGUCCACAACAAAAGAAGAGAUCAUGCAGAUUCAACAAAUGUUUGUGAGGUCUGCAUCUCUUGAGCUCAGCGCUCUGCAGCAGCAGAAACAGGAGCUCUGGGGUGACUCCCACGCCCAGCAAAGCGGCGAUGGCAGCAGCGACACGCCUGGCAGCAGCGGGCUCAUGCGGGGAGGGGAGGCUGCCGACCACAAGCCUGGCAGCUGCGAUGGGUCAGGUGCCGCGGUGGGUGAUCGCCCCCAGAGCAGCGGUGACCAGCGGGUGUUCACUGGCAACUUCUUCUACUACGGGUCACCAGACCUGCCGGAGGGUGUCACCCCAGGCUCUGUGGAGGCCCGAAUAUAUAAUCUGGUGAACCGCUUUGCGGGAGCCUUCAAGCACCUGAACCUGCUGCAGAAUCCGGCACUGCCACCAUUGUGGGGCACAAACAUGGACACAGGGAUGCGCUUCGACACCCCUGUGCCAGACAGCUUCUGGCGCAACGUCGUCGCGAAAGUUGGGCUGGCGCCGCAGCAGCUGCAGGAAGUGGUGGGCCUGCACGGCCUUCACUCUGAGUACAUGGGCAGCUACACCCUUGCGCUGCCACCAUAA